AUGAAAGUGUCCGAGUUGAUAGGAGGGAUAGUCAUCCUCGCCUCUGUGUUUUCGGCCUGUGUGGCCCAAAGUCCAGUGACUGUGCUGUGCUCCAUAGACUGGUUCAUGGUCACCGUGCACCCCUUCAUGUUGAAUAACGACGUAUACGUGCACUUCCAUGAGUUACACUUGGGCCUGGGCUGCCCUGCCAACCACGUUCAGCCACACGCCUACCAGUUCACCUACCGCGUUACGGAAUGUGGCAUCCGGGCCAAGGCUGUGUCUCUGGACAUGGUCAUGUACAGCACAGAGCUGCACUACGCUUCCAAGGGGACCUCUUCGAAGUACACGAUCCCAGUGUCCUGCACUGCUCCCCAGCAGUCCCCAUGGCUUGCUCCACCCUGCUCCGUGAGAGUAGCUGGUGGGACAGGCACCGCCACUCAGCUCGGCGGGGCAAGCUAUGACGUGUUCACCUUGUCGCAGUCCAGCCAAAGGGCUGACUGCGACUGUCCGCCUUGUGUCUUCGGCGAAGAGGAGCGCACCCAGGCCCCCCGGCACCAAGCGGAGGCUCAGGAGGGCCAGCUGGUGCGUCCGUCUGCCUUUGUGGAUGUUUCUGAAGACUGGUCUCUUUGCUUGGAUGAUCUCAUUGAGUCCAUGUGA